UCCAUUUACACAUACGCUGUAUGUUUACCAUAUUUGUUUUCUUAACAGAGCAAUGGGCCCGGAAUGCCGACAGCAGGGUCGAUAUGCCCAGCUGUCAACUCGCAAGCCUGGGCCCCAUACCUGAUGCUGUAAUGGACGAGAUUAACGAGUGCAUUCUUCUCGGAGGGGCUCAGGAUGGAAGUGAGAUGCGGAUCGGAGCUGGUGUCCACGAUGACGUUGCUUCAAUGACGUGCAUCCAUUCUGUUGCACUCUGCCGGUUUGGUGUGGACACACCCAAAGGGACAGUGUUCACAGCGGAGCCGGCGAGAGAGACCAGUUACAACAUAAUGGGCGGUGAAGAAAUGACACAGCCGGUAAUGCAGUACGACAACAAAGUCAUCCCCCAUUCAACACCGCUUACACUCAGAUGGCUAUCGGAGAACUAUGAGUUCGCUGAAGGAGUGUGUAUUCCUCGCAGUGUCAUCUACAAACACUACCGCGACUUUUGUCAGAAGAAUGGCAUGACACCUGUAAACCCAGCAAGCUUUGGUAAGAUUAUUCGCCAGAAGUUCAAGAGGGUGAAAAACAGGCGUCUUGGAACAAGAGGCUACUCAACUUAUCAUUACUACGGCAUUGGGAUUCGAAGCUUCUCCGUGUACUAUGAGGAAAAGUACAGUCGGAAUGGACUGAACAACAGCAUGCAAGGAAAAAGGGGAGCCAACGGUCAGGCCUCUUCUGGGAUGAUGAUGACUCCUACCUCACCGAGGACAAAUUUGCCCUCAACAACUGCUCCCAUACUUGAAUUUCCAAACCUUCAAGAUGUGUCUCUACCAGUUGGCGUACCUCAUCAACUGUUCUGCUCCUUCUUCACAAUGUAUCGCACACACUGCCUACGAGUCUUCAACUUCAUCUAUAGGAAUGAGCUAGAUGAGGUGAAAGAGUUUCUGCAACACUUCUGGAAAGGGGUGCCAUUGCAUCUCAUGGACAUCUUGGGCAGCAAUGCUGUGGUCAAUAUGGUGGGCAUGUGUGAUUCACUUUUGUACAAGAGCAUCGCUGGCAUAUUUGUGCCCUCAAUCCAUAAAUUCUACUAUCAGUAA